AUGUUAUCAUCCAAGAGAAUGAAGAUUAGAGUCCCAGACAGGACUAGAAUGUCUGGUGGCGAUUUUGAAGAGUCGUGGAUUUCUUUGGAAAGUGCAUUUCGCAUGAUUUUUAAAAAUGAUGUCAAUGAAUUAUCCUAUCAAGAUCUAUAUCGUACUGUUUAUCUACAAACUGUAAGAGGCAAAGCAGAUGUGUUAUACCAAAAGAUUGAAGAAUUUGUUAGGGAACAAAUUAAAUUGGCGUAUUCAGAGAAUGUUUUGAACAGUGGUGCCAAUAACCCUAAGGACGACAGCAAUAACAGUGAUGAUUCCUAUAAUUACUUAUUGAAAAUGUCAAAAUUAUGGAAAUUUGAAUGUAAUUGUUUUAAAUCAUUAUCUAGUGUUUUAUUAUAUUUGGAUAAAGUUUAUUCCAAGAAGAAUAAGAAAUUAGAAAUUUAUGAUCUCUGUUUGGAAUUAUUUAAAACUAAUCUUUUAAACCCAGCGAAGGAACAGUUGUUAAAGGCCAUAAUAAUUGAUAUUAAUAAUAUUCGAAAUUUGAAAUCUAUUAAUAAUGACCAUAUUGAUAUUUGGAGACAAAUUAUUUCAAUGUUAGAGACCAUCGAAGAGAAGAAGGAUAAUUAUUUUAUUAACCAUUUUGAAAAUCCAUUAGUAGUAGAGUCAGAGAAAUAUUAUGAUGAACAAAUUUCUCUAGAAAAUGUACCAUUUAAAGAAUAUUUGAAAAAUAUAGAAGAAUUAACUAAAUUUGAAUUUGACUUAGAUAUUAAAUUUGUAAACACCGAUACUGCAUCGAAAAUCAAAUCUGCAUUGGAUGAAUCAUUAGUAUGGAAACGAGUAUCAAAAGACCUACCAACAUAUAUACGUUUUUGCAUUAAAGAGAAUGAUCCUUCAAUUUUACAAAAACUAUACGAUUUAUCGUCAAAAGAAGAAAACAUGGUAUCUAUUAUUGAAGCAUUAAAAUUAUGUAUAGAGAGAGAUUUAGAGUCAAUUAUAAUUGACACUAAUAUGAAGAAAAAAAAUAUUGUAGCUAACAAAUGGGCAUCGUCAUUAAUUGAGAUUUAUAAUUACUACGACAAGUUUCUAAAUGAUUUUGAUUUUGGUAAUGUGAAUUUACAAGAUAAAGAUGCAAAUUCAAGUCAACUAUUUUCACAGAUUAUUUUAAGUGUUUUUUCAGGUUAUAUGUGCAAAAAUUCUUUGCUUUAUACUGAAUUGGUUACUAUAUAUUUGGAUAGUUAUUUGAAAAAUCUUGAAGAUAAUAAUGCUAUCUCUGAAGCUAAAAAUCAUCUAGACCAAUAUGUGAGAAUAUUUAUUACAUUACCUGAGAAGGAUGUAUUUGAAUCACAAUAUAGAAAAUUUCUCUCAAGAAGGUUACUUCAACAAAGAUCCAUAUUUAACCUUGAGAAAUGGUUAGUACAAAGGUUUAAAGAGGAAUUAGGAACUUUUUUCACUUCUAAAAUGGAGGGUAUGUUAAGGGACAUCAAUAAUUCAAAAGAUUUAUUGCGUUCGUUUAAAAAUUCGAAUUCAAAUACCAAUUCAUUGAUAAAUCUAAACUUGAAUUAUAAUCCUGAAAUUUUGACGGCAAUAUCAUGGCCAUUUAACAAUAAUAAUCAAGAUAAUAAUGAAAUUAUUCUACCAGUUAAACUUAAAGAAGUUCAAGAAGACUUUGAAAAAUUUUAUAAGAAAAAAUAUAGUCAGAGAACAUUAACAUGGUCACCAACUUUAAGCAUGAUUGAAGUUAGUUAUCAAUUUGAUAAAACUCAACAUGAUUUGAUAUUGCCAUUUUAUUCAGCAAUAAUAUUUUUAUUAUUUGAAGAAUAUGAUCAAUUAAGCCUUGAAAAAAUAUCAGAAUUAACAAAUAUACCAAAUCAAGAACUAAUACGUCAUUUAUUAUCACUAUCAAUAGCACCAAGAGCCAAACUUCUGACCAAAGAACCACCAACAAGAAAUAUUUCACCAAAUGAUAAAUUUUCAAUUAAUAAAUCAUUUACAGCUUCAACAAGAUACAUUAAGAUUCAGACAGUUAAUUUAGUGCCUAAUUCAUCAAAUAAUGCAAGUAAUAACAAUAAUAACGAUGAAUUAUUACAAAGAGAAAGACUCCAAGAGGUAAAUGCCUCAGUAAUUAGAGAAAUGAAAUCAAACAAAAUAUUGACUAUCAAUGAAUUAGAAUCAACAAUCACAAAUAUAGUAAAGGAUAGAUUCCAAUUACAGCAUAAUCUCUUCAUUAAAAGUAUUGACUAUUUAAUUGAUAAAGAAUAUCUACAAAAGGACAUUGAUGACACGGAAUUGUUACACUACCUGCCAUAA